GUUGAAACGAUUCAUCGAAAAAAGACAUUGUCCAAAUUGCCACACGAACCAGUGGACAGACUUUGAUCGGACUGGACCAACACCUAUCUGAUCUGAACAUUGUUCGAACGCUUCUAUGUUUCUUCGCUUGUUCAGCUGAUAUUCCAUUUCGAUCUCGAAGAAAUGGCGCCGACACGGCCUGAUUUGAACUGAAAUGCAGUCUAACUCGCUGCCUUUCCCUCUGAUUCCACUUGCGUUGUUCAAUGGUGUUGAAUUGAGCGAAGGCGGGUUUGAGCUUUCCAGGUAUUUGUUUUUGGGUUCCCUGCUUUUUUCACCUCCUGGUGGCGGUGCUGGAGGCAUGGACUUGUCUAAGGUCGGAGAGAAGAUCCUGAGUUCCGUUCGCUCAGCCCGAUCCCUUGGCCUUCUCCCUGCUCCUCCUUUAGAGCGCCCUGAGGUUCCACCACAGGCAGCAGCGGCAGCUGCUGUUGCACGUGUUCUUGCUGGACUACCUCCACAUCAAAGGCAUAAUAUUUCAUCAAGUUCUGAAGAAUUAAGCUCAAUAUAUGGCAGCGUAUCUCCCAGUAAAGUGUUAGAUGACCUUGAGGAUUGUUUUUAUGAAGAGGAUUUUGAUCCAGUAAGACACGUUCUCGACCAUAUUCCGACUGAUGAUAAUGAACUGAUAUAUUUUGAAGAAAAGGUAACAUGGAAGAUGACACAAGAUGAUAUGGUGAAGAUGGUAGGUGAUGAAGAUGGAAGAUGAUGUUGAAGGAAAAUGAAUAAGAUGAUGGAAAUGGUAAAGAUGAGAGGUAUGGAAAAUGGUGAAGAUGAAUGGUGAUGAAGAUGGAAGAUGAUUAAGAUAUUUGAUGAAGAUGAAAGAAUGAAAAAGAAGAAAGAAGAAGGAGAUAACCGUAUGGAUGGAGAAAGGGAGGGAGGGUAAUAAUUGUAAACCUUGAUCCCUUUUAUAGGGUGUGCCAAAGAUGUACACAAAGGCUGCUUUUAGAUUAGAACAGCUUGAUAGAAUUGCUGAACGCCUUUCACGCCAUGUUAUGGAGCAUCAUGAAGUCAUGGUGAAAGGAAUGAAUCUUGUCAGGGAAUUGGAAAGAGACUUGAAGGUCGCAAAUGUUAUUUGCAUGAACGGGCGGAGACACCUUACCUCAUCAAGGAAUGAAAUAUCAAGGGAUCUUGUCGUGCAUCGAAAUUCUAAAAAGAAACAAGGACUAUUGGAUAUGCUUCCAAUCUUAACAGAGCUCCGUCAUGCCAUAGACAUGCAAGCCACCCUAGAAACUCUAGUGGACGAAGGGAACUUCUCUAAGGCAUUCCAAGUACUAUCUGAGUAUUUGCAAAUUCUGGAUAGUUUGUCACAACUCUCAGCUGUACAAGAAAUGAGUCAUGGUGUUGAGGUUUGGUUGGGGAAGACACUUCAAAAGUUGGAUGCUCUUUUAUUAGGAGUAUGCCAGGAUUUCAAAGAGGAGAGCUAUAUAACCGUGGUUGAUGCUUAUGCUCUAAUUGGGGAUGUUUCUGGUCUUGCUGAAAAAAUACAAAGUUUCUUCAUGCAGGAGGUUCUCUCUGAAACACAUAUAGUUCUGAAGACUAUUGUGCAAAAGGACUUCGAAAGUACUAAUGAGCAAGGCGAAAGGCUCACAUACAGUGAUCUGUGCAUUCAGAUGCCCGAAUCCAAAUUUAGGCAGUGUCUGUUGGCAACCCUAGCUGUACUAUUUAAGUUAAUGUGUUCGUAUCAUGCAAUCUUGAGCUUCCAGCCAGGGGAUGAGGUCCCCGCUUGCCAAACCCUUGCUAUGCAUGACAAGCAGGGUGAUGGUUUGUUUCAUGAACCAAUAGGCAGGUCUCGAGAUUUAUCCUCCACUGAAGAGACACCAGCAACUUGUGUAUCUUUGACAGAUAAUACUGCUGCUUAUAAUCCAGUUAUGGAUAAUGGUGGAGAGGUAAGGGAUGGUGGAAAGACAGCAUCAAGCAGCAGAUCCCCCUGGUUUCAGCUGCGUAAGGAUGCCACGACCUUCGUUUCACAAACCUUACGUAGAGGUCGGAGGAAUCUCUGGCAGCUUACAACAAGCCGUGCAGCAGUGUUACUUUCGUCUCCUGUUGUGUGUUCUACCAGUAUUCAUCAGUUUAUAACAAUGUAUGAAGAUCUCAAUCUUUUUAUCUUGGCUGGGGAAGCUUUCUGUGGGAGUGAAGCCGUUGAGUUCAGGCAGAAAGUGAAAUUUGUGUGUGAGAGUUAUUUUGUUUCUUUUCAUCGGCAAAACAUAUAUGCAAUGAAAUUGGUGUUGGAAAAGGAGAAUUGGCUGCUAUUGCCACCUGAAGUAACACAAGUAGUAAGUUUUGCGGGUCUCAUUGGUGAUGGGGCUGCCUUGAUUGCUUUGACUAGAAACUCUCCCAGUAGUCGAUUGGGGCAUGCACACAAGUCAAAAGAUCUUACCCUAUCUGACUCUAAGAGUGGAUUUUCUAAUUGGAUGGAGAAUGAAAACCCCUUUCUGAUGAAAUUGAACUGUAGUUCAAAGGAGUAUAUAGAUUCUUGUUCUGCUGGAUCACCAUCUUCUAGAGAAGUUGGAAGCUCUAAUGGGAGUUCAUUCAAUCCGAGUUCUAGUCGAGAAAAUCUUGAUGAUAAUCAAGUGAAUGGGAAUGCUUCUCUAUCAGAAGAUGAAAAUGACGAUCUUCAUGCUGAUUUUAUUGAUGAAGAUAGUCAACUUCCAAGCCGUAUUUCGAAACCUAGUCGUUCAAGACAUCAUUCAUCACUCUCAAAUGAUGAAGAAAUGACAUCACAUACAGGAUCAUCUCUAACUCUACUAAGUACACGUCUACACGACAGGUUACUGGAUAAAUAUGCAAGGCUAAUGCAGAAGCUUGACUUUGUAAAUGUUGAAUUUUUCAAGGGGAUUUUCCAAUUGUUCGGGAUUUUUUUUAAUUUUGUAUUUGAGUGCUUUGUUAAUCAGAGCUCUCUUCCAAGUGGAAAAGUCUCUACAGAGAUGCUUCCUCAUAGGUUAAAGGCAGCAUUAUCAAGAAUAACACAGGAUUGUGACAAUUGGAUGAAACCGCACUCUGCUCCAUUUAAUUUGUCUUCUCCCACAACUUCAAACACACCAUUCACUCAUAUGGAUGUCACUCCUACAAGCCCACCCACUCUGUUAGCUGGUACUUCUUUCAGUCUCAAGGAAAGAUGUGCAGGUGCUGACACUAUAUCUCUUGUUGCUCGAUUGUUACAUAGAUCUAAAGCUCAUCUGCAAUCAAUGCUUCUGAAUAAUAAUUCAGCUACUGUUGAAGAUUUCUAUGUGCAUUUGGUGGAUGCUGUACCAGACCUUGUAGAACAUAUUCACAGAACAACCACAAGAUUAUUUCUCCACAUAAAUGGGUAUGUUGAUAGGAUUGCAAAUGCUAAAUGGGAGUUGAAAGAUCUUGGGUUAGAGCACAAUGGAUAUGUUGAUUUAUUGUUGGGAGAGUUCAAACACUACAAGACUAGGCUUGUUACGGGAGGAAUUCAAAAGGAGGCUCAGGACCUCCUCUUAGAAUAUGGACUAGAUAAUGUGGCUGAAACUCUUGUUGAAGGACUAUCAAGGGUGAGGAGAUGCACGGAUGAGGGUAGAGCUCUUAUGUCUCUAGAUCUGCAGGUAUUAAUCAACGGCCUAAAGCAUUUUGUUUCCAUAGAUGUGAGGCCAAAGCUACAGAUAGUUGAAACUUAUAUCAAGGCAUACUACCUUCCAGAAACCGAAUUUGUGCAUUGGUCACGUGCACAUCCAGAAUACAGUAAAGGUCAAGUGGUGAGUCUUGUCAACCUUGUUGCCACAAUGAAAGGUUGGAAAAGAAAAACCAGGUUUGAAGUGUUGGAAAAGAUCGAAUGAGCCGCCACCCAUUCCAUACCCUCAGCAUAAUGUGGAUUAUCAGUUUUGCAAUAGUAUUAUUUUUUCUUUGAAAAGCUUUGUAUAAUUUCUGUAAAUUGUUCUUGUUCAGAUCUUGCUAGGAUGAUCAAAGUAUAAGCUGACUUUACCCUUCGCUUGUAUUAUAAUACCUCCCUAGAAAAAGGCCUUUCUUUUAAGUCCAAUCUUCAACCACAAAAGUACACUGAUAGAGUUCUUUUGGUUAUGUAGUCAUGUUGAGCUGAGACUGGUGUAAUAUAUUCUUACCACUCAAUGAUUCAGUAUGUUAUUAUCUAAUCUCUACAAACAACUCAAUAACAAUGGACAGAGGGAAAUAAAGAACUCAUGUAAUUAGAAAU